GUUCGUCAACCUACGGCCAGAUAUGCCUCAAGCCAGAACAUCUCUUUCGCAGACUCUGGCAGCAACCACUUUGGGUCUUGGCCCCGAGCCGUUGAAGGGCGGCUCCAGCAAGCGCAUCAACUAUAUGCUGACCUCAACAGACACACCAGCAUCGAGAUCACAAUCAGACGAUGCUGAAUCCAGCCGUCAGGAUGUAUUGCACUAUCGGCGGCAGAGUAGUCUGGACGAGAAGAAAAGGCAGCAGAGGCAGUCGCAAAGAGAGCUGAGCAGACUAUCCGAGCUGGAGGAGCUGGAGUGGCAGCGGCAGCAGCAAAGACAGGAACAGCAGAACCGAGCUGAUUUGCACCGAGAACGCACUCAACAGGAGGGCCAGCAACUGCGGGUGAAGGAGCGGGAGAUCCAGCAGAUUCACAAGCUUUUGCGAGCAUCAUCCAUGAGAACCUCUACGUAUUCGACGUCCGAGAAAGCUGAUUCGAGCUUGAAGCGGGAAUCGACAGCAGACUUGUCGGAGCCGAUUACUUCUCAGCAGAUGAAGUUGCAGGACAUCGUGGCGCGGUCACCUAGCAAGAGCCAGAGGGUUGGCUGGCAAUCAAAGCCGUGCUUCUCAAUGCUGAGCAUGUCACCAGAUGAUGACCAUGAUGAAGCACCGAGCCCUCCGCGAGCUCCGCAAGAGGAUGUCCUGUCUGCAGCUGAUGAGCCUGAAGAAUCCCCUGAACCUUCAGAGCAAUCGGUGGGCAGCGCUAGAAUAAGUGAUGCUCCGAGAGAUGAUGAGGCUACGCUUGAGAUGGCUAUUCGCCCAGAAGAUUCACAGACAGAAGCUAGCCCAAGGUUGCCCAGCAACAAGGAUGUGCAGUCCAACUCGGUGAGCUCCUCGAAGCGUCAAAGCCAAGCCGGCGAUGAAUGUUGGUAUCCCUCGGAAUUGGCAGCUAUGGUCAUCACAAAUCCAGAUGCCCAAAUGGAGGACAUGGGUGCUCCGAAAUCAAGACAUUCUGUACGGCAAUCUCAGUUGAACCCUUCCAGCGGCACAGAAGUGGGGGAGCAAAAUCGUGGGAGCGCAGUCACAGAGGUUGAAACAGAGAGCGCCUUGCCGCUAUCACUCAGUGGUAGGACUGUGGCCCAAGCAGAAAGCACAUCAAGCAGGACGUCUUCACAGCUACAGGCGCGCGAAUCAAGCAGAAGAGCCUCACAGCUACAAGCAGUGCCCUACGAAGCGGGGGGUGCAAGUGUCUACUUGAAAGAAAGCAUGGGCCAGUUUCUCUACUCCCGAUCUUCACAGAAUCCGGAGUUCGCUGAUGCCACCUUGCAAGGAGCGCAGAUCAAGCAGAAGAAGCGGAAUCAAGCAGAAGGGCCUCACAGCUACAAGCAGUGCCUCAUGCAGCUGAGGAGCACAGAUCAAACAGAAGAGCCUCAGAGCUACAAGCAGUUCCCUUUGACCCGAGGGAGCGCAGAUCAAGCAGAAGAGGCUCACAGCUACAAGCAGUGCCGUAUGAAGCAAGGGAAGCGGAAUCAAGCAGAAGGGCCUCACAGCUACAAGCAGUGCCUCAUGCAGCUGAGGAGCACAGAUCAAACAGAAGAGCCUCAGAGCUACAAGCAGUUCCCUUUGACCCGAGGGAGCGCAGAUCAAGCAGAAGAGCCUCACAGCUACAAGCAGUGCCGUAUGAAGCGAGGGAAGCGGAAUCAAGCAGAAGGGCCUCACAGCUACAAGCAGUGCCUCAUGCAGCUGAGGAGCACAGAUCAAACAGAAGAGCCUCAGAGCUACAAGCAGUUCCCUUUGACCCGAGGGAGCGCAGAUCAAGCAGAAGAGCCUCACAGCUACAAGCAGUGCCGUAUGAAGCGAGGGAAGCGGAAUCAAGCAGAAGGGCCUCACAGCUACAAGCAGUGCCUCAUGCAGCUGAGGAGCACAGAUCAAACAGAAGAGCCUCAGAGCUACAAGCAGUUCCCUUUGACCCGAGGGAGGUCCUCACAGCUACAAGCAGUGCCCUACGAAGCGGGGGGAGAUGGCUCCACCAGGAGGGCUUCGCAGACGCCAUCAGUGUCUUUUGAACAAGGGGAAAACGUGUGGGAAGCAAGGCAUCGCACUGAACACACAGAAAACAGAAGCUCCUCGAAAGCAGCUGAAAAAGAGACAAGCAGAAAAAGGGCUGGAAGAAAAACAUUGGACAGCUGUGCAGUGCUCGGCGCUUCCCCAGAAGAUGACCUCACCACAAUUCGAACGCAGUAUAGGCGCGUUGCUCUUUCGCACCACCCUGACAAAGGAGGUAGCAAGCAAGCUUUUGUCCGGCUACAAGGUGCCAAAGACUACAUGCUCGCUCGAAAUGCUGUGGAACACUCGGAGGAAGAGGUCCUUAAAAAGCACACAUCUUCCUUCCGGCACGCUGCUUCUAUGCAGUUCGCCGCUGGGUCGUCUGAUAGUGAAGAGCAAGAUCGAAGCGAAGGCAUGCUUGAGCUCACUGGCCGUCCCGUGCGAAGCUCCGUUGACCUAACCAGGCUGGAGAAGCAACUUCCAAUGCCUUCAAUGGAUGAGCUGCAGGCAGCGAAGCCACCGAGACACCUCAGCAUUCCGGAGGAGGAUCCAAGUGACGAGUCCGACUGCCAGAAAGUCAUGGCCCGCACCAUGUCCACAGAAUGCCCCCCCUCACGGCGACAGACAAGGAGCUCCAUCGAUUCUCAAGACUUGAACUUUGCCAUGGACGACGAGCGAUUUGACACCUGGGCACCACAGGUAGCUUCGAGCGAAGGAGAUAUGGUGCUUUCUCAGACUCCAAGGCGUGGGUCUGUGGUGUCUGCAGACGGCUCGCUGGAGGCUAUGAGAAGUGCUGGAAGCCAGCUGGGAGAAGUUGCACUGACUCGCAAGGCACUGGAGCAAGACGUGCGAACCCUGCUGCGUGAGAUGGACCACCACUGCGAGGCUAUUACUGAGACCUACCGGCAGCUUGCAUCACUGAACGGAAAAAUUGGGGAUGCUUUCUUGGACCUGCGGUAUGCCUGGGCGCCAUUGCAUUGUGAGAAGGCCAAUGUCGAUGGCGUAGCCUGA